CUGCCAUUGUUUCGUGCAAUAUUAACUCGCAGAGGCCCGGGAUGUUUAUUAGCUCACAGACAACACCUCGCUGUUCGCCGACCGUCAGGGUCACACUGCAAAAAGCAUACAAUUAAUCCCCUGGGUAGCCGGACUGGGCGAUGGUUGCUGUGCUCUUGUUUUGAGAACGAUUCAGACACUGGUGUCAGCCAAUAAUAUGCCCCGGCCCAUCAAGACCACAGAGUGGGUGUGGUUUCUCGCGCUCGUCACCCCGCCCACAUUCCUGUCCUCCCUUUUCAUUGGUCCCACUCGGGGUCAGGAACUGUCUAAUCACGUGCCGGCAGAGGAGCCGCACCAAGGCAAUGGGUCAGAGGGGGCGUGGGACGCCACUGAUGAAGGAGGGUCUUGGAGGCUGUCCCCCUUGGGGGAAGCCCUGGAGGAGCAGGGCUAUUACCUGCACAGGCUCUUCCUGCAGUAUGGCGAGAAUGAGACGCUGUCCUUCACUGGGCUGCAGUCGCUCCUGGGCAGCCUGGGCCUGGGGGAGGUGAGUGUCCUCGAGAUCAGUCACUCAGGCCCCCAGCACCGCCAGAGGCUGGCACCCUCUCACUCGCACCCGCGCCCAGCGGACCGCCAGGAAGACCAGCCCUCCCGUCACCCCCAGACGCAGCGCCUGGCACACCUGGACAGGAGCUGGCUGUCCAAGGGAGCGGAUCACGUGAGUGUGUGGCAGGAACUGCCUGCUGGCAGCACCAUAGAGGGACAAGGUGGGCUGCAGAAGAGCGGGAUGGGAGUGGAGCACCCUGGGAUAGCUACAGACAUCCACCCCAGAGCUGGAGGUCCAGGGACCUCUGGGAAGCCCGCUGUCUUUGAUCACCCAACAGAGACCCAUCUCCAUGGCAAUUGCCUGAAUGUCACUCAGCUCCUGGGAAACUUUGGUCUGGGGGAGGAGUCCUACAUCACUCCCGCCCACUUCACCUUUUUAUGCCCCGCCCUACUGUAUCAGAUUGACAGCCGUGUCUGUAUCCACCACCCCGAGGAGGAGGGGCGUUCAUCAUCAGAGGGGGGCGUGUCUUUCCUGAGGGCUCUGGGCUGGGGCUCCCUGGCACUCACAGUCAUCAGUCUACCCUCUCUCCUGGCUCUGGGCGUGGUGCCCAUCCUGUCCCCUCGCCAUCUGCGCGUCCUGCUGUGCCCUCUGUGUGCCCUGGCGGUGGGGACACUGUGCGGAGACGCCCUCCUGCACCUCCUGCCUCACGCACAGCAGGGGUCUCUGUCCGCCUCAGAGCUGCAGGACUCUGUGCUGAAGGGGCUGUGUGCUCUUGGGGGGAUGUACUUCCUCUUCCUUGUCGAGAGUCUUCUGGGAGUGCAGCGCCACCGCAGGGCUCACAGAAAGAACACCAAGAAGAGGGAGCAUUCUGGCUCUCUCCAAGAGGGGGCGCCAGAGAGAGAGCAGCUGGCACUGCAGGAGAGCCAGGGCCAGGCAGAGCAAGGACACGCCCAUUCACACGGCGGCCCGGCCCAGGGGAAUGCUGGGAUUGCUAGUCUGGUCUGGAUGGUGAUCAUGGGAGAUGGGAUUCACAACCUGACUGAUGGACUGGCCAUUGGAGCUGCCUUCUCCCAGAGCGUGACAGGGGGACUCAGCACCUCACUUGCGGUCUUCUGCCACGAGCUGCCCCACGAACUGGGUGACCUGGCUGUACUGCUGGGGGCCAGCUGGCCUGUGCGCAGGGUGCUAGUGUUCAGUCUGCUCUCGGCAGCACUGGGCUUCCUGGGGCUGCUAGGGGGCGCCGCACUCAGCCACCACUCCUCCCAGCUCUCCCCAUGGGUGUUCGCUGUCACCGCAGGGGUCUUCCUGUAUGUGGCACUCACCGACAUGGUGCCCGAGAUGCUGCACGGAGACCACGGUCCAACCGACGCCCUGACACGCCUCUUCCUGCAGCACCUGGGCCUUCUGACAGGGGGCGCCCUCAUGCUGUGCAUCGCUCUCUUCGAGGACAAGAUCGCCAUCGAGCCCGGAGCCUUCUGAGCAGCAGGACGCGUCGAGCACGAAAUGCUACAUAUCGGACUUUCCGAAACGGAAACACGGAGCUCCCAACAGGAGACUCAAAACCGCUCGUCUCAGGGGCUGGCGUUUUCUACAUAAAAAUCAACUGCAGUCUCCCGUCUUAAAAUCCAGUUUACUUUACUGGUAUGUGUGUCUGACGGAACGUGAAUAAUGUUUAGUUAUGAAAGUUACAUUUUUCAUAAAAUUAAUAUUAAAAACAAGAAGAAAGAGGCAUUUCUCUUGCAUGUCAUAAAGACAUUCAUUUGGUCAGUACUGUUAUUUAAUAUGAUGGGAUUUUAAAUGGUUGCCCUACUGAUUUAAUGUUAGUACAUUAAAAAAAAAAACAUU